AUGGUUUUGCUGGUCCUAGUUGCUAAGCCACACGCUGGAUUUGGUUGUCAGAGGGCUGAUGCUGAACCCUGUCUCCAACAUCAGAAGUGGUUUCAAACUUCAUGCUAUGAAUUUGUGGAAAUGCAGCUGAACUUCUCAAGUGCCCAGGGGUGGUGCAGAGGUGCUAGGGCUGGUGGACAUCUUGCCUUUAUUAAAAGUAAAGAGGUUCACCAGUUUCUGACUAGCCACAUUCAAGAUGUCAACAACAGGUGGAUUGGCCUGUCUUAUGCUAUAUAUGACCUAAUCCCUGAAUCAAAUGCUAAAGCUCUUGCUUGGUUGGAUGGAUCUGCGUUAAGUUACAGUAACUGGGAAUUUGCCCAGCCAUCCACUUCUCUAGCAGAUUGUACUUACGUUCACGAGCAGUCUGGCUAUCUAAUGUGGGCCAUGAUGAACUGCAGCAACAUACUUCCUUUCAUCUGUGAAUUUGAUUUUGAUAUGAACUACACUGCGUCAGUUGGAAAUAUCGUGCUUCAGGCAUCCACUCUAAUACAAGGGGUCAUUCCCAUUGACCAAACUUCUCAGUUGCUUAUUGGCCCAGGCCAACAUAAUGUGACUGUAACUGCAACAAGCGAUUCUGUAGCGACAUAUCAGAAUUUGACUAUUUAUUUUCUUGUUGAGAUCAACGGUCUGGAAGCAGUGUUAGAGCCUUCAGUCCUGAAUCCAGGCAGUAGUGUCACCAUACACGUGUCUGUAUCCGAAGGUGCUCCGAUAAACUUACAGUUUGAUUUCAUUAAUUCUUAUAACAUUUCAACCUAUGCAGUGGAGAGUUCCAAUGGAAAGCUUUCAGUUUAUAAAUUUCCAAUGAACGAGGAAGGUACAUUUCUUGUGACUGUCACUGCUUCGAAUUUCUUAUCCAUUAAGCAAUAUGCUGCUGGGCAUGUCAUUGUCACAAAUAAUCCUUCCAAAAGGAGUAUUGGAAUGAAGAAAGGAAUUACAUCUUUGACGGAUUCACACAAUGUAAAGAGUGGUGCCAGAAGAAAAAGAGCUUUGCCUGAAUUGAAUGCACUUCUGCACAAACAGGAGUUCAUUAGCAGUAUUUCCAGUGCUUUAGAGAAUGGGUGUGACAAGCCAUCUGCUGUGAAGUGUUUCAUUUUCCAUAAGAGCCUUUCAAUUACUGCUGCAAAGCCCGAGAAUUCAAGAAUUUGCACAUCGAGGUGCCCAACACCAGAUUCAGAUCUAACAGAGAGUUUACUGAAAGGUCUUCUGGACUCUGAGGACUCGUUCACUGAUGUUUCUGCAAUUGAGAAUACUGUACAGAACUUUUCUCUGAUAGCAAUGAAUUCAUCCUCACUGAGGGGAAUAACAAAAGCAAACGAUUACCUUGAUUUUAUUACUUCCCAACCUGACAAAUUGACUGUCGCAUCACAGGACAUUGCCAGUAACUCGCUUCUGAUCCUGAGCGACAAGGUGGAAAAUAUUCCUGUUGUGAAGCCAAGUGACAUAAUGUGGAAGCUGUCUGCAGCAAAGUCAGGUCUUUAUGGGGUCAGCAAUCUCAUCAAUGCUACGAUGACAGUAAAGGAUUUGGAUGUGGAGAAAGGAAAGAUGUCAAAUGUAUCUGAGAUCCUCCUCACAUCAAUGGAUAAAAUGCAAUCUUCUCUUGAGAGACUAAUAAAUGAAGAGGAUCCUAUACUGGUUUUCCACACUAAUUCCUUCAGCAUGAUUUUGAACACGUACAAUUCAAAUGAGAUGAAAACGAGCAAUGUUAAUACAUCAGAAGAAAAUCCAUUCAGUUGCACUUUUCCAGACUCUGCAAAAUUCCAGGAAGUUUCAGAUAAAUAUAUUAAAAUUAGGAUGGUUAAUUACAGAGAAAAUCCUUUGAUCUGGCUCGAGCAAAGUAAUGUUACUGGACCCAUGAUCAAUAUAUCCUUAUCUUCAAAUGAUAGUGAAGUAAAAAUUGAGAAUUUGUCAGAAACCUUUGAGAUUAUGCUUCCCAGGUCCAAUGCAACGCAGUCUUCCGCAGCCACGUCUGUCUCGUUUACAGAGCUAGUCUUUCACAAGUUCCAAGUAGCAGAUACUGAAUCAGUUUUAGUAAUCUCUAUAUCAGCUGAACCAGUUACUUCAAUGCAACUGUACCUCAGCCAUGAGCACAGACCCAAUGAGACCCUAUAUGACUUUGAAACAAGCUUCUUUCCAGAUAACAGUAGUGAAGCCAAAUUCUACAGUUGGCUUAUUGAUCCUGAGAUGUUAACAGGCAGGAAUGGAACCUAUUACAUGGCAGCCAAACCGCUCCUGAAGACAAAUGUUUCAGAAGUCAACGCGACAACUUUUACUGUAGUCACUUUCAAUACUAAGUGCUUGUACUGGGAUGAAGUACAGCACUUAUGGUCAACGCAGGGGUGUAAGGUGGGGCCAAAAACAAACCCUGAAAGGGUCCAGUGCCUUUGCAAUCACUUCAGUUUAUUUGCUACCUCUUUCAUUGUUUUUCCCAACACUGUUGAUAUCACAGAAACAGUAGAAUUAUUUUCUCAAGUCAAAGACAACUCUGUGGUUGUCUCAUUAUUGGCCGCUGUAGUUGGAGUGUAUAUCAUAUUGGUCAUGUGGGCUCGGACAAAGGAUAGACAGGAUUUAGCAAAGGUGAAAAGAACUAUUCUUGCAGAUAAUGAUCCAUUUGCCAAAUACUUUUACUUGGUGAAGGUCUUCACUGGGCAUCGACGAGGAGCAGGGACCUCAUCUAAGGUAGUAAUAACAAUCUAUGGCUCGGCAGGCUGCAGUGAUGCCCAUCAUCUGAGUGACCCAAAGAAGCCAAUAUUUCAGCAAAGCUCAGAAGAUGAAUUUCUUCUUGCUACUCCUUUUCCACUGGGUGAUCUCACCAGCAUCAGACUGUGGCAUAACAAUUCAGGACCCAGUCCAUCAUGGUACGUUAAUCACGUGAUUAUACAGGAUCCAGAAUCAGAGCAACAAUGGUUCUUCUUCUGCAAUUGCUGGUUGUCUCUUGCCAUUGGAGAGCUUGUCCUUGACAAAGUAUUCCCUCUUGCUUCUGAGGCAGAAAUGAAAGACUUCCGGAACUUGUUCUUUAUGAAGACAGCUGAAAGUCUCACAGAUCAACAUAUCUGGUUUUCCGUGGUCGCUCGUCCCCCAAGGAGUUCCUUCACCAGAGUCCAGCGGGUUUCUUGCUGCCUGUCCCUCCUGCUCUGCACAAUGCUGACCAACAUCAUGUUCUGGAACAGAGCUACUAGUGAAAACGAACAGGAAUGGGAACUCGAUCCCAGUACUGUCACCUGGCGGGAGUUUAUUAUUGGGAUCGAAAGUGCCUUGAUUAUUUUUCCUGUGAAUCUUGUAAUUGUACAAAUUUUUCGCAAUGUUUGCCCCAAGCCAAUUAAGAUGAAGAAAAUGUUAAAAAAGUCAGUUGGUGCCAAUAGCACAUCAAGGUCUCAACGGACACCUAAGGAUUUAAUGAUGGACAUCAAAAGGAUUGCCUCCUGCUUGCCACAAAAAUUGAAAGAUGCCAUGCCAUCUCUGGAAGAAGAUAUUAGGAACACAGACGAUAUGAAUAAAUUGUUGGCGUUAGUAGCAGACAUUAUUCAGCAUUAUAAUGAGAUUGAGCAUUCCGAAUCUCAGGAGACUACUGUUCCAAAUGCAGAAAAUGAUUCUUCUGCCGACUCUAGAAAUGAUCACCAAAGUGAAGAUAAUGAUUCAAUAGCCAGCAGACCUGAAGAAAGCGAAGACAAUUCUGCCAAGCAGAAGAACCAAAUCAUGCAACAUUUCUUUCACUAUGUGAAGCUUUUGCUUCAAUUUGUGGAAACUGAGCUGCAAGAGAUGGAUAUAAAAAAAUUUCGGAACCCUUACACUCAGAUUCAUGCCAUAGACCAAGUGCGGAAGAUAAGACAAUUUAUUAAAGCUGCCAUUAAGGCCAAUGAAGAUGAUGAUAAGGGCGUUGACGAUGACACUAGUACCAAAGGGGAAUCUCUGCCUGGAAGUGAAAAGAAAAGUUUUAGUUUGGAGAGUCUCCCAUGGUGGUUCGUGUACGUCGGCUGGUUCCUGGUGUUUUUCACAAGUGGUAUCUCGGCAUUCUUUACUAUGCUGUAUAGUCUUGACUAUGGCAAAGAACAGUCCACUCGCUGGCUUGUGUCCAUGAUCAUCAGCUUCCUUGAAAGUAUCUUCAUCAUACAGCCUCUAAAGGUUUUACUUGUUGCUGCAUUUGCUGCCCUGAUUGUCAAAAAAAUUGAAAGAAAUGACACUGAGGAAAAUUUCAAUGAGGAUUUUCUUACCUCAGAAUGUGAAGCACCUAAUAUGUUGACUUACAAUUGUGUCAAUCAAACUGAUUGUACUAUCUACCAGCCACCGGCUCUGAAAAAUGUGGAGCAGCUGAAAGCACUUCGAAUCAAAGAAAAGAAAAUGUAUACCUUAAUCAGAGAUAUAAUUGCCCAUGUGCUGUUUCUGGUGUCUUUGUCGAUUAUUGCCUACGGAGAACGAAGUCCUCAUUCUUUUUAUUUAAACAAAGCCAUCAACGAUAGUUUUACCAGAAAGUUCAAUGGCUCUGUAACUGUCGAUGACUUUUACAAUUGGUCUGAGGAAAUCUUAUUACCCAACCUCUAUGGAACUUAUGAAGGAUUUAUAACAGACGGGAAUUCAAAGCUGAUUGGUAGCCCCCGCGUUCGACAGGUGAGAGUGAAGCCAGCUCCUUGCCCUGUGCCAACUAGGUUGCUGGAUAGCAUUAAGGAAUGCCGUGCUCCCUACUCCUACAGUGAUGAAUAUAUGUUAGACUUUGGAAACCUCAAUGUUCAUACUGACUCUUCGAGCCUUGCUUCCUCCUGGAAAUAUCAGAGUGAAUCACAGCUGAACGGAUAUCCCAUUUGGGGAAAGCUCGCAGUUUAUCGAGGAGGUGGUUUUGUGGCUGAAUUGGGCACAGAGUUCAAAACUGCAUCCAGAAUUAUUAAGUACCUGAAAGACAACAGCUGGGUUGAUAUGCACACCAGAGCCAUCUUUAUAGAGUUUACAGUCUACAAUGCAAAUGUAAAUCUAUUUUGCGUGGUCACACUGAUGCUGGAGAUGAAAGCUAUUGGUGUCUUUCUUGGCAAUGUGGAAACAGAAAUCAUCCGAUUGUACCACUACACCGACAAAAAUUAUCCUUCUGUUAUUGGGGCACAAAUUGUCUUCAUGCUUGUGGUUAUUUACUAUAUGGUCAUGCAGGGAAAAGUGCUAAAGCAGAAAAAACUGAAGUAUUUCUGGAACAAAUGGAACAUUAUUGACAUGGCCAUUAUAAUGUGCAGCUGGAGUGCAUUUGGACUAUAUAUAAAGCGAGCAGUGCUUGGAAAGAGAGUUAUAGAGAACUACCUCCAGAAUCGGGACAGGUUUAUCAAUUUCUAUGAGACUGCAAUUACAGAUUCUGCCCUGGGUUAUGUGAUUGCUUUCCUGGUCUUACUGGCUACUGUUAAAUUUUGGAGUCUGUUGCACUUUAACCCCAAAAUGCACUUGAUUACUUCUUCCUUGGAGAGAGCCUGGGGUAAUCUUCUGGGACUUCUGCUCAUCAUGCUGGUGUUGCUCGUGAGCUACUCUUCUAUAUGCAACCUGGUGCUGGGUUUAAACCUAUCCUCCUACAGAACUUUCAGCAGUGCAGUUGUAACAAUUAUCCGUCUACAGCUUGGAGUCUUCAACUAUGAUGAGGUUCUGAGGACUAAUCCAGUCUUGGGUGCAUUCAUCAUCAGCACCUGUGUGAUCUUCAUGACAUUCAUCCUCAUUAAUGUUUUUGUUUCUGCACUGCUUGUGUCCUUCAGUGAAGAGCGGAAAAACCCUAUGCCCAUGGAAGACAAAGAAGUAGUUGAUUUACUACUGACAAAGAUAUGUGUCAUCAUUGGAAUUCAAAGGAAGAAAGAAAAAGCUGAGUCAAAGCCUGAGAAUGGCAACUGCAAUACUCCAAGUACAUUCUCAUAUGACAAACAAGGGACCCAGACUGAUCCCUGUGGAAUACCGCUGGUCACAAGCCUCCAAUAUGAAGAGCAGUCAUCCACCACCACCAAGCCAAUUCUGAUAUCCAAUUGGCUAACUCACUCUGGAUUCCAAUCCUUCCAGAGUUUGAUGGGUCAACACUUCUUCCUGUUCAUGGAUAUUAUUAGAAUGGUGACUGAUUCUGUGAACAGCUCAAUUCCCUGCUCAGAAUAUAAAUUCUCUCUUCAUGACUGA